CACCUCUUGAGAUUAAUCCCUCGUGCACAUGAUCAGGCACAGCACACAUGUCUGAACAGUCACAAGUCACAGUCUCACCCAGCUGGAAUGAAAGCAGCACAGUGAUGGAGUUCAGAGAGCUGGGAGCAGACGAGAGCUCUGAGGAUAAUAUGGAGGAUCUGGAUAGUGUGAAAGCCCUAACAGAGAAACUCAAGCUCCAAACACGCAGACCGUCGUACGUAGAAUGGAAGGAGCGGCUGCAGGCUCACCCGUGGAUUGAUGUUGCACAGAGUUCAGACGUCAGUAGCCCAGGACCUGUGGUGGAGGACACGCAGCCAUCAGACAUCUGGAAAGAUGGGAUGCCUUUUAAGAAUAUAUGCGGCUUUGAUACUAUAGACGACGCGUUACAGUGGCUCAGAAACGAACUGAGGGAGAUGCAGAUGCAGGAUAACCGUCUUGCACGGCAGUUGAUUCGCUUACGGGUGGAGAUCCACAGGCUGAAGGUGGAACAGGUGUGUCACCGUCACAAAGAGAUGUUGGAUGACGCCACGUAUGAGCUGGAGGAGUGCGAGGAGGACUCAGACCUGCUGUGCGACAUCCCCAUGAAAGCCGCCUUCACUCUUUCCACAACCCUCAAACAUAUUGGUCUCACCAAAAUGAACCUCAACUCCAGACGAUUCUCACUCUGUUGAGAGGCUGGGCGAUGAGAGACGCCCUCAAGAAAACUCAAAGCAGAACUUUUAAUGUAUGACUGACUCUGGAAGCCAAAGUUUUAUUUCAUUAAAUUUGGACUAUAAUAAUAAUAAAAUCGUCCUUUUUCUUCAAAUAACUUCGCUUUAUUGAACUUUUUCAAAACGUGACUACAUAGCCUAUCUGGAAAUGCAGUAACCAGCACUACAAAAUAUUAAACCACUUGUGAAAGGGGACUCACCACACGUCUGAGAAAGUCCUCAGAGUUGGGAAAGAGUUUAUAGUUUUGAAUAUAUCUGAACUGAUCUAUAAGAAUCAGGAGGAACCUGCUUCUGUGUCAAAAGGCGUGUGAUUGGCACACACUCCCAUCAGUGUUCCUGACUGCUUAGGGGACAAAACACUCUCCUGUCGGCUUGGCUGUGGUCCCGAGCUACAUGCCGCCUCACAGGAAGUGUGAGUUUGUGUUCAGGCAUUUUGUCACCUUGUCCAUUGAAACCUAAAAAUAACACACACUCAGAGCUGCAGCAUGUAAAAAACUGUUCAGCCCACUUUCGGUGGUUGGUCUAACAUACAUUUUUUGCUUGAUGUUCGAGAAUGUUGUGCUUGGGAAACUUUCCUUUACACAGUAAGAUUACUAGAUUUAAAUGAGUUUUGUGUUCUUUGUACUUCCACAGAACCCAAUUAAAGUUCAGUUUACUUUAUUACAAGCACUGGAAAUAGGCUAUAGCACUAAUUUUGUGCAUAUACUGUAAGUGCUAAAAGACCUUUAUAUUUUUUUACAAAUUUCAUCUUGGGACUGAAUGUGCGCUGACAAUUUUUAAAAAUAUAUCAUAUAUGAAAUGAAUACUUUCUAUUCAGCAAAGAUGCAUUAAAUUGAUCAAAAGUGAAGGAAAGGGCUUUUACAUUGUAAUUAUAUUUUUAUAUUUACAAUUUUUUUUCUGUAUUUUGAAUACAGAAGAAAUGCAGCCUUCACUCUAAACAUUCUGGGUUGUUUCAACCCAUGUUUGGGUGAAAUAUGGACAAACCCAACCACUGGGUUUUAAAUUGUAAUUAAAAAAUUUAAUGUGACCAAACCAUUUGUGUUGGUUAGAACAUGAGACUUAAUUCGAAAAUAAAAAUUUUUUACAGACCCCAAACUUUUGAACAGUAAUGCAUAUUUUUUGAUUACUCAAAUGUUUGAUGUACAAACUAAAACAUGCUUUAAAAGUUGCCUGAAAUGAAUAAAGAUGUCUUUGAAAAUUAA